GCAAAUCUAGUCUGUUUGUGUUUUGGCGUUUUUGCAGGGAGCCCUCAAACCACAGCACAAGUUGAGAACCAAGGAGACUGUCAACGCUCAACACCUCGGAUAAAGAAAAAAAAAAAAGAGAGACAAAAUGGCAUCUGACUCUCCACGCAGACCAAGUCGCUGUGCUGGAGGGGUUUUGGUGCGAGCACAAGCUGCUACGGAGCAGUCUUACAUGGAAAGUGUGGUGACCUUCCUGCAGGAUGUGGUCCCUCAGGCAUACACUGGAGCUCCACCCACGGAUGAAAAAGAGAAAAUUAUUUGGGUUCGGUUUGAGAAAGCUGACAUCAAUGAUACUGCCCGCAACCCAGAGUUUAUGGAGAUGCACAGUGGUACUACUGACCCUCCUCUCUGCCUCAUGAUUGGCUACACUGACGGGAUGCAGAUCUGGGGCGUGUCUUUGGCAGGAGAAGCCCAGGAGCUGUUCUCUGUGCGCCAUGGGCCUGUUCGGGCUGCUCGCAUUCUGCCCGCACCUCAUAUCAGUCCUCUGAAGAUGGACAGUUUUGCUGACAAGAGGCCCCUGCUGGGGGUUUGCAAGAGCACAGGGUCCUCUGGGACAAGCCCCCCCUACUGUUGUGCUGACCUGUAUUCUCUACGGACAGGAGAAAUGGUCAAAUCCAUUCAGUUCAAGACACCUAUCUAUGAUCUCCACUGCAACAAACAUAUUCUUGUGGUGAGCCUACAGGAGAAGAUUGCAGCAUUUGACAGCUGCACCUUCACCAAGAAGUUCUUUGUUACAAGCUGCUAUCCCUGUCCUGGCCCCAGCCUCAAUCCAAUAUCACUAGGAAGCCGCUGGCUAGCAUACGCUGAGAACAAGCUGAUAAGAUGCCACCAGUCUCGCGGAGGAGCUUGCGGUGACAAUGCACAGUCCUAUACAGCUACAGUGAUCAAUGCUGCCAAAACCUUAAAGACAGGCCUGACAAUGGUGGGUAAAGUUGUCACCCAGUUGGCAGGCACCCUACCAGCAGGCACUCCAGACGAGGAGGGCACACCUCACAGCACGAGCCGCCGCAGCCCCCACAGCCCCGGUGUGGUCACCAUCAUUGACACACACAGUGUUGGAGAAGGACAGGUCUUGGUGAGUGAGGACUCGGACGGAGAGGGAGUGGUGGCUCACUUCCCAGCUCAUGACAAACCCAUAUCCUGCAUGCAAUUCAACCCCAGUGGAAUGCUGCUGGUGACUGCUGACACGCUGGGCCACGAUUUUCACGUCUUCCAGAUCCUCACCCACCCAUGGGCGUCCUCACAGAGCGCCGUUCACCAUCUCUAUACCCUGCAUCGUGGGGAAACCGAGGCCAAGGUCCAGGACAUGUGUUUCAGCCAAGAUAGUCGCUGGGUAGCAAUCAGCACCCUUCGCGGCACCACCCACGUCUUUCCCAUCAACCCCUACGGCGGUGCGCCCUGUGCCCGCACACACAUGUCCCCUCGGGUUGUCAACCGGAUGUCUCGCUUUCAAAAGAGCGCCGGGCUGGAGGAGAUUGAACAGGAGCUGAACAGGGCGGCCGCGUUAGGAGGAGCAGGAGGAGGAGGCGUAGGAGGAGGUGGUUGCAUUCUGGGUGGAGGAGGAGGCAUCGGGGGCCGCUGUAGUCCCAUACCAGGCCUGUCCAGCAGCCCCUCGGGGUCUCCACUGCACGUCAAGCUGAGCAACCAGGAUUCAUACAACAACUUCGCCAACAACAACAUGGGGAACCCGCGGCUGUCCCCGCUGCCCAGCCUCACCGUGGUGCUGCCUCUGGCUCAGAUCAAGCAGCCAAUGACCCUGGGCACCAUCACUAAACGCACCGGCAAAGCUAAGCCGCCUCCUCAGAUCUCGCCAAGCAAGUCCAGUGGAGGAGAGUUCUGUGUGGCCGCCAUCUUUGCCUCAUCUCGCUCCUGGUUCAUCACCAACCCCAACAUGAAAAGAGAGAAAGAUCAAUCUAGGCAGUCGGUUGUGGACUCACUGUAUAUCAUCAGUUGCUACGGUAACUUGGUGGAGCAUGUCCUGGAGCCUCGGCCAAUUAGCACUGCUCAAAAGAUAAGCGAUGAUACACCUUUGGAGCUCAGCACCUGUCCAAGGGCCUGCUGGACUCUAGCCAGGACUCCACAGUGGAAUGAGCUGCAGCCACCCUUCAACUCCAACCACCCCUUGGUGUUGGCCUCAGACCUGGUGCAGUACCAUCAGUAUCUUCUAGCUGCGAUGCCCCCAGGAAGCCCAGGCCCAAUCACGCGUCAUGAGUCAUCAGACAGCUUGGCGUCAGACCACAGUGGCCAGGAGGAUGAGGAGUGGCUCUCUCAGGUAGAGAUUGUAACCCAUACAGGGCCCCACCGGCGCCUGUGGAUGGGCCCCCAGUUCCAGUUUAAGACCAUUCACCCUUCAGGCCAGACCACAGUCAUCUCCUCCUCAUCGUCAGUGCUUCAGUCCCAGGGCCCCACUGAUGUUCCACAACCCCUCUUGGACUUUGACACAGACGACCUGGACCUACACAGUCUCAGAAUCCAGCCUGUACGUUCAGAGCCAGUCAGCAUGCCCGGUUCUUCAGGGCUGGUGGCCGAUCGUCGAGGACAGUCCAACAUCAUGGACGCAGGAACAGGCCCAUUUGAUGGACGCGGUGUGACCCUGCUGGAGGUAUGCGGUAGCUGGCCGGAAAACUUUGGCGUUCCGCGGCACAACAUCGGAUCAGCAGACGCCAGCGACGAAGGCCUGCGGGAGAGACUGGCCGACGCCAUGUCUGAGUCCCCCUCCAGGGAUAUAGUGGGAUCUGCUACAGAGCUGCAGAGGGAGGGCAGCAUCGAGACCCUCAGCAACAGCUCGGGUUCCACCAGCGGCAGCAUCCCACGCAAUUUCGAGGGCUACCGCUCGCCCCUGCCCACUAACGAGAGCCAGCCUCUCAGCCUCUUCCCCACCAACUUCCCCUAGCGUCCUGCCUCUGCUUCAGGAAGAACCACCACCGUCCAGCCCACCUGACCACCUGACCACCUCCCACAUUAUCUGUCCACCCAGCACCACACUGACACGCUUACUGUGUGGAACUAAAGCCAAACUGUGUCGAGGAUUUGUGUUUGUCUGUACAGCGUUUUGUUUUGUGUUUUUCUCUUCAUCUCAUACAGCUGGUUACAAAUCAGUGUGAUCCCAGCUACACACAGUGUUAACAUUUCAUGUCUUGCAUCUCUUGAUUUCUUGGGUUGGGUUGACUUUUUUUGAACUGAAGCUGUCAGUGGCUGUAGCUUUUGCAGAUUUCCAGCCAUUUACAAAUUGACCAUUUUGAUUCCAAAAUCAUUCCAAAGAAAAGUGAAAUUGAAAGUGUUUACCCUCAGAUUUUAUUCACGUCGGGGGGGUGAAAAAAAUGACUGCACAAAUUUACGGUCCACUUUCAAAAACUCCUCUCGAAGAUCAGUAAACCAAAUUGGAAGUACAGAUAAAAUUGUCAUCGCAGAGCAUUUGUGAACUUCCUUUUAUUUUCAAUAUCAGAUUUUUAAUAACAGACCAGUAUCAGCCCAGUAAAUCAAUCUGACCCUGCCUGUUACCUUGUUGUGUUAAAUCAUAAACCAGCUGACGUGCAGACGUAGCCGGAGACCAGCCGUCCUCUCCUCUCUGCAGCUGAUGUCUGCUGUUUCCUGAGCCCACCGUCAUGCUUUGUGCGUGUGUUUGAAGUUUUAACGGUGUGCCUGUUGUCUGAAUGAGCCAUAAGAAAGGAGGCGCAGACAGAGGGAAAAUGUUUAUUCCAGUCAGUGACGUGUAGCGACCCUCCCACCCUCACCCUCCGCGUGUGUUGCUCUGCUCUCGUGGCCUCUGACUAAAUGUUUUUGAUUAAAUUUGGUCCUUUCAUGCCUUUGAUUUUCAUGUAAUUACAUUUGACAAAAGAUGCAGUAACGAGAUGACACUAUUACUAAGUGGCUGAAGUCAUUUAGAUGUUUACAGUGUAAUUGAGAUAUGUUUCUGAAAUCAUUUAGAUAUAUUUCCCCACUCAGCCUUUCCAGAUAGUAAAUUCUGAUUGAGCGCAGCAGUAGAAGCUUGCGUAGCCGUCAUGCUAUAUUUUGUACAUUAGCAAGUUUUGACCAAAAUCUUUUUUUCCUGCAUCUAGUUAUAGAUCUCUAAAAAGAAAAUGUAUUUUCCUUAAAUGUACUAGCUUUGCUCAUAGCAGAGAAGAUUGACUUUGAUAAUCAGAAAUGUCUUUAUUAAAUACACUUUGCCUGUUUCUUUGUCUUUAGCAAAACGUUUGACUUGGUGGAAAAUGAAAUGCACUAUUUACAGUCACCUUAGAAAAGAUAUGAAACGAUAAGAGUAGUGCAACAAUCCCACAUGUCUAAGCAUUGUUGGACUGGCUACAUGUCAUGAGGGCCCGGCUCAGCCUCUGAACGAGGGCAUGAAUCUACUUGUUCUUACUUACGGAGUAAAAUGCUCAUUUGUUAAACUGUAAGAUUUGAUUUGUUAAAUACUGAGUUGUGUUUCUUUCUUUCUUUUUUCGUUUUGUCCUGCAUUCAUGCGAGUAGAAACAUAAUAAAACUGGAGGAAAUGAAA